UCUAUAUUUUUUCCAACCCUCUCUCUCUCUAACACACUCUCAUUAGGUCCUUUCCUUUUACAACAUCACAUCAACGCAUGCAUCUUCGUUGCGAUCGAUCCUUUCUUCCUAUGGCUUAAUAAUCCUUUUCAAAUUAAAUCCUCACCGUUGAUCUCACUUUCUAGAAUCUUCUUCUCUAAACCUAACCUAAUUGCAUAGAUCUCAAAUUAGGUUAUAUGGAAAUGGCGUCAAGUCCUCGAACCGUUGAAGAGAUCUUCAAAGACUUCAGUUCUCGUAGAGAUGGUAUCGUUCGUGCUUUAACUCAAGAUGUUGAUGAAUUCUACGCACUUUGUGAUCCAGAUAAGGAUAACUUGUGUCUCUAUGGACAUCCAAAUGAAUCAUGGGAAGUGACUCUUCCAGCAGAGGAAGUUCCACCUGAGCUUCCGGAGCCAGCUCUCGGAAUCAAUUUUGCAAGAGAUGGCAUGAAUCGAAGGGACUGGCUUUCCCUUGUUGCUGUGCACAGUGAUUCGUGGUUGCUUUCUGUGGCCUUUUAUCUUGGAGCUCGUCUUAACCGCAAUGAAAGGAAACGCUUAUUUAGCUUGAUCAAUGAUCUUCCUACUGUUUUUGAAGUUGUAACUGAGAGGAAGCCAAUAAAGGACAAGCCCACUGUAGACAGUGGAAGCAAAUCUCGGGGCAGCACCAAGAGAUCAAGUGAUGGGCAAGUUAAAAGCAACCCAAAGUUGGCAGAUGAUCAAGGUUACGAGGAGGAAGAAGACGAACACAGUGAAACCCUUUGUGGGACCUGCGGCGGAAACUACAACGCGGAUGAAUUUUGGAUUGGCUGUGAUAUAUGUGAGAGGUGGUACCAUGGAAAAUGCGUGAAGAUUACUCCCGCAAAAGCUGAGAGCAUAAAGCAAUACAAAUGCCCAUCAUGCAGCAUGAAGAGGGGCAGACCCUAAGUCUAGGUCAACAUGUGAAGUGAAUAAUGCUUUGUUGGUGCUGACAGGAUACCGAAAUGUUGCCAAAUCUCUUGUAGAAAUUCAUUUAAUGGGUAUAGUUUAUAUAUGACUAAUGGGUAAUUAAACUUCAGAUAUUAAUGUUAGUUUCUUCUACCAUGAUGGAUCCUCAGUUUAUGUUACAAAUUUGGCUCCUCUUAUUGAGGGGUGGGGAAAAAUUCGAGGUUAUAAUUAUCGAUUGAAAGAUUAAAAGAGUAGAUUUGAUUUUACAUUUUGUUA